GUUUCCCCGAAGCAGUUUACGGACUCCGAUAUCAUCGAUUCGCUGAACCGACGGUACGAUCAAAAGAACGGCUGCGGCCCUGAUUCUGCGGCAAUGUUGCGGGCAAGGCAGGUGGCACAACCCCGUGAGUCAAAACUUUAUUUGAAGACUUUCGCCAUUGACGUACUGGAAGACUUCGAGCACUCUGAGCAGGAGAUGAAAAAUAACCCAGCUACAGCAGAAAAAAGUAUCUUCAAAAGCAUGGUAGGCAAAGUAGC